AAACCUCACAUUGUCGGAUUCCGAAAAUGUCUCUCGAGUUUCCGUAGAUCAUGGCCUCAUCGCCUUCUUCAUCAUCUCCGACGCCUGAUGCGACGGAAGAGGAGCUGACACUAAUAGUGAAAGUGGAGUGGGAAGGAGCACACCAACGUCUUGCCCAAGCGCCAGAAGCAAGCUCUCCGAUGACUCGCUGUUGCUCUCUCAGAUCCCACUCAAGCCCUCUCUCAAGAUGACAAUGAUCGGUACUAUGGAAGAUGAUAUAAUCGUAGAUCAAGUAACGUCUCAGGACAUUGUUGAUGACUUUGAGCUUGGUAAGGACGAAGUGGUUGAUGUUAAAGACAAAGAGCUUAACAAGCAGAAGCUUAGGAGAAGAGUUGAUCAGUGCAAGGUCUGUUCUAGUGUCAUUGAAACAAACAAGAGUCUUAUUAGUACAAGAUGAUGAGAUCAAUGUGUUCUGUUCACUUUUGGAGUUUGGUAGUUACGUUCAUAUCUUUAGAUUAAACUUGUUAAUCCAUGCCGCAAAGGCAAAAAGCUUCUUGUUCUAGAUAUUGACUACACUUUGUUUGAUCACCGUUACAGCUUAUGCGUCAUUGUAAGUAGUAUAUACUAAUCAUUGAUGGGUUUAAUAUAGCAGGCACACAUAACUUUCUUAGCCUUAUUGACAUCGUUUAGAUAUGUUGUUGCUGCCUACUUCGUAUGUUUUCUACUAAGCAAUAGGAUGAUUGCAGCAAGUUAAGAAAAUGCCAUAUAUUAAUAAUAUUUUUUGUUUAUAUCAAUGUUAAGAAAAUGAGUUUCUUUCUAUUUUAAGAGUACAUGCUGCAUACUUUAAGGUUUCUUAUUUUAGGAUUCAAAGAUUUGAUGUCUAAAAAUAGAACGAUGGAUAAAGGAAAGGAGAAUGAAGGCCUUAAGAGGGACAAAAAGACAUAAGCGCAAAACAUGGAGACCCUUUGGUUCAUUGUUUGGAAGAAGAAACAUCCUGAGGAUCAACUUCAAACUCUCUCUCUUUCUGUUCCAUUACGGUAAAAGUAAAACAAAGACAAACACUUUGUGUUUGAGGGAGGAUCAAUGGCGAAGAUGAGAGCUGAUGCUCCGGUGAUGCCUCCGGAGACUCUUCCCCGGAGCAGUGAGGUGGGAGAGAUUGACACACGUGCUCCCUUCCAAUCCGUUAGAGACGCCGUUAGUUUAUUCCGUCAAGUUAGCUUCCCAAAGCAGCAGCAACAACAACAACAACAGCGUCUCUCCUCCUCCACCUCAUCCUCUCAGGAUGCACCGGAUGUGUCGGCCGAAAAGGAGACACAGCUUCUGUUAGCAGAACAAGAAAUGGAGAGAGUCCAGCUAUGUCUUGAUACCUCUGUCAAAGCGAAAGCAAAAGCUCUCUCUGACCUCGACUCUGCUCAGCGGAAGGCCGCUGAUUUGAGGGCUAAACUAGAAGCAACCAAACAGUCAAGAAAAUCCGCCAUCAUGACCAAACACACCAUGACUCAACGGUUAGAGCAGCUCCAAUCCGAAAACCAAGAAACAGAGAGCGUAAGAGAGGAUUACAUCUUAGCCACCGCAGAGCUGUUCAUGGCGAAGCGGGAGCUAAAGGAAAUCAAACAAGAAUUCAGCAUUUCCGUUGAAGAGAGGCUAGCCGAGCUUCAGAAAGCAGAGGAAGCAGAGUGUUCAUCGAUGGUUAACUCCCGAAAGAUCAAAGACAUGACGGAGGAGAUAGCCGAGAUGCGUGACACUGUUCUGAGACUGAACACCGACGCUGAUAAGAAAAAGGAGGAAGAGGUAAAGAUAAACGAGGAGAGAAUGGCUGCGAGGGAAGCUUACGCGGCAAGGAAGCGAGAAGCUGAGCAGAGGCUGGAGGAUCUGAGGCGAGAGUGUGAUCCUGAACUGAGGAAAGAGAUAGAUGAGCUAGCGGAGAUAUCCGCGGGGAACGAGCGUUUACAGGAGGAGAUUAAACUCGCUCGUGAGCUCAAAGAGGCCAAGAGCGAGAUGCAAGAGAUUUGCGAUGAAGAGAGAUCGUACAAAAUCUUGGUGGGGUCGCUGACGGUGGAGCUGGACGGAGUGCAGAGAGAGAACAGAGACCUGAAGGAAAAUGAGAAGGAGAGACGAGAAGUCGAGGAAGGAGAAUGGGUUGAAGCGAGCCGUAAGGUCGAAAAAAUCAUGCGUGAAGCAGAGGAAACAAGACAAGAAGCUGAAGAGAUGAGGAUGCACGUUGACGAACUCAGGAGAGAAGCAGCAGCCACGCAUAUGUCGAUGGGUGAAGCAGUGAAACAGCUGGAGAUAGUUGGAAAAGCCGUGAAGAAAGCGAAAACGGCUGAGAAGAGAGCCGUGGAAGACAUGAGAGUGCUUACCGAUAAGAAGGAGAGUCUGACGCAGGACGAGCCUGACAAGAAGAUAAGGAUAUCGAUGAAAGAGUACGAGGAGUUGAGAGGGAGGCAUGAAGAGUCGGAGAGAAUGGUACAGUACAAAGCGAAAACGGUUGCUGCGCAGCUGGAAGAGAUCAACGCGAGCAGAGUAGAAGGGGAGAGAAUGUUGGAGGAGAAGUUGAAAGAGAUGGAAGAGGUGAAUGAUGCGAUUGAUGCUGCGUUGAGAAAUGCAGAGAUCGCAGAGGAAGCACAUUGCAUCGUCGAUGCUGAACUUAGAAAAUGGAAACCACAAGAGUUGUAGGAGAUGAUGAUGAUAUUGAUGGUUUAGGUGAUUAGGGUACUUACUAGAAUGUCCAUACUACUAUAUACACAUAUGUUGAUAAUCUACUCAGAUUUGUUGAUAAGUGUAUUUAUACUGAAACAAAGACUUGAAACAUAAUUUUCAAGGCCAUCUCUCUUUUGUUGAUGUGAAAUUGAACAUAAUAUUGUAAUAGACUAGGAAAUGCAUACAAGAUACAACGACCAUUUGUCAA